UAUUAUCAGAAACUGGAUUUCGUUCUUUUCUGAAAAUCGCAUCUGUACUCCAUUUCGCAAAAUUUUUUCAAGAUCGCAGUUUGUAAAAGCCAAAACUUUGUGGCAAGUAGCCUAGAUCUCGUUCAUUAUACUCUUCUGACAUACCCUACUCAUCAUAAAUUGACAGAUAUAUAUUAAAAAAAAAAAAAAGGAAAUAGUCCUCUUUUAUUUUUUAUUUGUUUAUUUUAUCUGUUGAUUAGGGCCGGAGGAAAGCAUUGUUGGGUUGGUUACCUCCCUCCGUCUUCCCUCCCACCCACCCCUUGCAUGCAUCCCGUUUCGGUACAGUGCCACGUCAGCAGUGCCACGUCACAGUGCCACGUCACAGUGCCAAGUCACAGUACCACGUCAGCAGUGCCACGUCACAGUGCCAGAUCAGCAGUGCCACGUCCGCAGUGCCAGAUCAGCAGUGCCACGUCCGCAGUGCCAGGUCACAUUGCCACGUCUGGCAGACACAGUGCCACGUCAGCAGUGACAUUCAACACUGCCACGUCAGCAGUGCCACGUCAGCAGUACCACGUCAGACGCAGUGCCACAUCAGCAUUGCCACGUAAGCAGCAUUGCCACGUCAGCAACAUGACGGGCCUGCCAGGCCAACUGGUCAAUGAGACCAUUGCCGCCUACAAGCAGCGUUGCCUGGCUCAGAUAGAGGCUGAGGAACAACGCCUGCUGGCAGUCGAGGCUGCCCGCAUACAAGCUGAAGAGGCAGCAGCAGCARAGAAACUGCGGCUACAGGCCGAUGCAGAAGCAGAUGCCCAGGCUCGCCGAAAGGAAGCCCAGGAUCUGCUGCAGCGGCAUGAAGCCAACAGCAUCGACAGACUCAAGUACUGGCAUUUUCAACCGAACGGCGACGACGCAACACCGGAAGAGAAGCACAAGGAGUUCCUCUCCAAACUCGUGACGCAGUUGUUGUAUGCUUGCAACUACCAAAGGUCAGGGUUGGAGAGACAGCAUCAUGAAUUGGCGACGCCCCGCCGCACAGUGCAGAGCCACGAGGAUGCAACUCGGGCACUCAAUGCCCGAUUGUUGGACCUGGAACAGGCAGGACCAGGACCAGCUGCUGGAGCUUCCAGCAGUGCACCCUCAAGCCGCCAACUGGAGGACCGCGUUGACCACGUAGUCGCAAUGCUCGGCGACAUCAGCACCUUCGCUGCGCCGACCACCACCAUCAGCAGUCAGCUGCAUACAUUGAAGACCGAGGUCCAGAAGCUGCAGUCGACGAACGCGGACGGCAAUCCGAAGAUGCACAAGAUGCCAACUUUCAACCUGGAGAGUGGGAAGAGUACUGCUCCCCAAUCCGAGGCCGAGCAGGCCCGGAUCGCCGCCAUCCUGAGGGAGAGGAAAGAGAAGAAAGAGCUCCUCAAGCAGGCGAAGCUAAAGGCUAUAGCAGAGGAGCAGGCGGCGAAAAAGAAGUAGUUAGAAGAAAAGAUGCUGAGAUUUCAGAAGGAGAAGAUGUUGAUGAUACAACGAGAGGAGGAAGAGAAGACGAAGGUUGUCGAAGAAGCAGCAACAGCAGAGGAGGAGGAAGAAGAAGUAGAAGAGCCCCUUGAAAGAAGGCGUGGGGGAGAAAGAGGAGAGACGAGUGGCACGAAGGGAGAAGACGCGUGGAUGGAAAAGAAGAUAACUAAAUGGGUGGCUAAUUUAUCGUUGGGGGAGGAUGAGGAGGCACAACUGUACGUGCCGCAGGAGGAGAGAGAGACGUUUGUCGGGGAGUUGAAAGCGAUAAAAGAUCCCCUUGAGC